CCCAUGGAUGUUCAGUCUCUCUCCAAUUUAUUUGCAGGAGGCCUUUAGGCCAAAGACAAGGUGCCUGGACAGCUGGCAGUUCUGAGAGGCAGUACUGCUGUUGGAGAAGCAGGGUGGUCCAACAGAGCCUCUUAGAGGAAGAGCCCUACAGAGGGAAGAUGGGCACGGUCUUCAGAACCUGUGUGGGACAAACCUGGGAGCUAUCUAAAAUGCCCCCGUGCCCCCUUCAACAAGGACAUGGUGGAGGGGCAGCCUGGGGUAUUUCAGCCCGCAAACGAACAGUCUGCUGGCUGAGGGGUCUGUCCACAAAGCCAUCCCUUUUGUUCUCCUUCCUUGACCCCUGGGUCGCUGUCGGGGGCCUCACUGUCAGCUCUUCGGGGGCAGGCCCCCUCCUUCCUCGCCAGCGAUACCCCACAGAGCAGUAACUCCCUCGGGCCCAGGCGGAGGAUCAGCUCAGCGUAGAUGACACCCCGCUUCCAGCCGCUCUCACUCACCUAUUGCCACCCCGGGGCAGCUCCCCGCUGGGCGCUAGCGGCUGGGGGAAGGGGCUAGUCACAGAGCGGGGUACACUGGGGUGCUCAGGGCGGCGCCCCCAGGCCGCUCCAGCGGCAGCAUGGGGCCUGCAGGUGGAUCAGGCCACUGGGGCCCGGGGGGUCACAACCCGGGAGGGGCCGGGACCCCCCUCCUCCCCCGCGCGCCCCGUAGCGGCGCUCAGGGCGGGCGGGGGGCGGAAGUGCUGUCACAGGAAGUCCCCCUCCCCCAGCCGAGGACUGGAGGGGGACAGGGCCCAAGAUGGCGGCGGUGGCGGAGGAGCGGCUCCUGUCGGAGGGGGAAGGAGGCGCCAUGGGCUCGGCGCGCCUCUCCCCGCCCCCGGCCCCCCAGCUCCAGGGGGGCCCGGCGCCCUUGGAGCAGCUCCCUCAGAGCAACACGCUGGUGGGGCUGCCCAUCGUGGCCAUCGAGAGCAUCCUCGGCUUCCUCUCCUACGACGAGACCAGCCAGCUCCGCCUGGUUUGUAAGCGAAUGGACUUGGUCUGCCAGCGAAUGUUAAAUCAGGGAUUUCUGAAAGUGGAAAGAUAUCACAACUUGUGUCAGAAACAGGUUAAAGCACAACUUCCAAGGCGGGAGUCCGAAAGAAGAAACCAUUCAUUAGCUCGCCAUGCAGACAUUCUUGCUGCUGUAGAAACAAGGCUCUCUCUGUUAAAUAUGACUUUCAUGAAAUAUGUGGAUUCCAAUCUCUGUUGCUUCAUACCUGGAAAGGUGAUUGAUGAAAUUUAUCGUGUGCUACGGUAUGUAAACUCUACAAGAGCCCCUCAGAGAGCCCAUGAAGUCCUUCAGGAAUUAAGAGACAUCUCAUCCAUGGCUAUGGAAUACUUUGAUGAGAAGAUUGUUCCAAUUCUAAAAAGAAAGUUGCCUGGAUCAGAUGUAUCAGGUCGUCUCAUAGGAGCUGCCCCAGUUCCAGGUCCUUCCGCAGCCCUAACAACAAUGCAGCUAUUCUCCAAGCAAAACCCUUCUAGGCAAGAAGUCACCAAACUCCAGCAGCAAGUCAAAACGAAUGGUGCAGGUGUGACUGUUCUAAGGCGGGAAAUUUCAGAGCUUCGCACCAAAGUGCAAGAACAACAGAAACAGCUCCAAGACCAAGACCAGAAACUGCUAGAGCAAACCCAAAUCAUAGGUGAACAGAAUGCCCGAUUGGCUGAGCUUGAACGCAAACUGAGAGAAGUAAUGGAAAGUGCAGUAGGAAGUUCUUCAGGUUCUGGUUCAAAUGAGGAGUCCCUUAGGAAACGGAGAAAGGCAGUUGAAUCCAUAGACUCUCCUAGGAAAUCCAAACGCCUUCGAAACAGAAAAUAACUUUGGAGUAAAUGACACCUCCAGAAGAUUACACUGCUUUAGUAGCCCAAGCAGAUUUGCUUGUCUGGAUACUGUGAUUAGCAGCAUGGUGUCAUUUAGGCUGCUGGCUCUUCAAAACACCACAUAGACUUGAACAGUAACUUUCUCUCAUUAUUGAGACUUUUUCCCUCUGCUUCUGUCUGGGUGGGCCUAAUGCACAGGAUCUUUAUAAUUUGCAAUAGAUUUGUACUAACCAGACCUGCUCUAUCAUGUUUUGAAGAGUUAACUUUUUUUUCUGUGCAGAUGAUAUGUGUUAAAGUAAACUUAUUUGUGUUAUGCAUAUAUUCACAUAAGAGAUCUUAAAUAAAUCCAGUCUUGACUGAUUAGAAAGUUAAGCUUACAAACAGAUGUCCUGUUCACUUGAAGAAAAGACCCACUUUUUAAAUCUUGUUUAAAAAAGUUGACUUUUUUGUUACAAGUGACCUUGUCUGGAAUGUCUGAAAAGUAGUUAAUACUUUUUGGAAUCUAUGUAACGAGUAAAAGUGACUUCUUACGCUACAGUAUUGGCUAUAUAUUUUUGUAAAUUUAUGAGCAAGGGACUUCUAUCCAGGUUUCACACACACACAUCCUAGUUCUAAGUAUCUGGAGCCAUAUUCUACAUUUGCAUGAAUAUCUGCAUGCAUUGCUUAGUCAGCUCGCUAAAAGCACUUGCCUGGAGUUGCUCUUAAACCUCUACUUUCCCAGAGUUGUAGAGCAAUUUCUUAGUCCUCAGCCAUAACUUAGCAUCUGCUUUCAGCACAGCUGCUUUCUGACAGUGAGGAGGUCUUGAGACCACUUGUCAACAAGUCGCAGGAAAGGAAAGUGUAUUUAAGCAAAGCCUUGUUGCUGCUUCCACUGCCUGUAGCUUGCAGGUACUCUAGCUAAGCCAAAGCUUGAGAAUUCAGCUGUUUUUGCCUAUGGGUCCUCUAGUUCAUAGGCCAAAAUGAACCGAGUAUUGGACAAAAGUUAUCUGUUCCUUUAACAAAACAGGCUUAGUGGGACACAGUUGGAGUGAAACGUUGUAUUAUGAAACUAUUUCAUGUUGUGGAAAAGAGCUCUCUGUAAUACGUAACUAUAUUCUAGCUUUCCUUAUCCUAAAAGGUAAAUCACUUCAGACAAAAAAGCUUUAAUUUCUUUUGCACUUCUGUUUUGAGCUUGUAACUGGAAAAGCAUGUCUUGCACUGUUCAGUCUUUUGAUCGGUCACUUUAACAACCUCAGAGUUGUUGUGUACAGUGAUUAUUUUUUUCCAGUUGUAUAUUUUUGGAACGUUAUACAAAUAUCACUGUCCUUGUUUUAUUUUAAUGUACUAAACAAUGUAGCUUUAUCAUUCGACUUAUGUUUUCUUUUAAUCAACUGUUGCCUUGGGUUUAGGUGGAAUUAAAUUCGGGCAUCGCACUGAAAAGUGCCACCUACUGGUGGUAGUUUAAAGUUUUGGAAAGUACCGUGGGUUAAAGUGCAAGUUCAACACUAUUAUAUCUUCUAUGCCUGUCCAUGCAAUGUGGUUCUUGUAUUCAAAUUAACCAAACAGAAAUCAGAUUUUGUUCUGUCAACUCUUUUGUGAUAGUUGACUUUUUCUUUAAAUUUUAUUAAUCCUAGGUUUUACUUCUUAAACACAUUUACUUCAUAUCAAAUGUUUCCCAUGAAACGUACCAUCACAACUUAAUGUCUAGUUUUUGGCAGAGUGUUUAAUUUUUAAAUAAACUUGUUUUGCUAGUUCAAAGUUAUUUUACAUUGGGUUGUUUCCUUAAACAAAACCUAUUAGCAGUGGGUAAACAUUCAGAUAUCACUCUGGAACAAAGUUUAAUAGCAGAUGGCCUUUCUUUUAGCUGUUCUUAGUCUGUAGAACUUGGUUUUUGAACUAUAACACUGUUACAGGAGAAAGGCCUGUUGGAGAGAACAGUUGUCAACGAAACACUUGAAUGUUCCUUCAUUUCUAAAAAUGAUUUUUGUAAUAAAAAUUAGCAUGAUUAUACCUGUUAAA